GUGUAAAAGCAGAUAGGGCUAGGGAGCGGCGUUUCUCGACCAUCACGCCGCCGCAUCCGGCCGCGUCGUUAUAAAUAUUAUCCGUCUUACCGAACGCGUGGGCGCGUGUAUACGACAUUGGCGUAUUCUCUAGAGACGCCGCGUACAUAUAUAUACACUUCGUUCGCGUCAAUUAGACAGUCAGUGAGUCAGUCGGCUCCGUCGGUUGGUCGAUUGGUCGGUUGGUUAAUCAGUCAGUCGGUCGCGCCGCUGUCCGCGAGAACAGUGCGCAGAGAUUUCUUCGUGGUUUGGUUGUCGCGGAUGCGAUCGCCUUGCUCUGUUCUUCUUUUCGCUCCUUCAGCACCUCCUCGCCGCCGUCACCGUCACCGUCGCCGUCGCCGUCGCCGCCGCCGCCGUUAUCACUGCGAUAGACUCGAGUCUCGAGGCCUUUGCAUCAGUGUGCCAGAGGCGCAAUGUCGAGACACGAUGCGAUGUUGAUAGCUACGGACGAGAUCGACGGUAUAUGGCCCUUCCUGCAGAGUAUCGACUGGAGAGACCCAUGGCUAGCCGUGCUGUUGACUUUUCACAUUGCCAUCACGAUGACCGCGUUAAUGACCAGGAAUCAUGCGAACUUUCAAAUAAUUCUGUUCCUCGUGCUUCUGCUUCUCGUUUAUUUCUCGGAAAGCAUCAAUGAGGUAGCGGCGACCAAUUGGAUGGUCUUCUCCAGACAGCAAUAUUUCGAUUCCAAAGGCUUGUUUAUAUCCAUCGUCUUCUCCGUGCCUAUUCUAAUGAAUUGUAUGAUUAUGGUGGCCAGUUGGCUUUAUCAGUCCAGUCAAUUGAUGACGAGCUUAAAGCGAGCCCAGCUGCGACAGCAAGCGAAAAAUCGCCAAUCAAACGGCGAAGCGUCGAACGGCAGGCUGAACCGGCCGAAGCAGGAAUAAGAAACUGAGAUCUAGUCAGGCUGCAGACAGAGGAGGGACACGAUAGGAGAUCACGGAGGAUACGUUUAAUUUAAUUUAAUUUAAGGACAAAGGCGCGGACUCUCUAUAUAUUUACACGUUGACUUAAAGAGCUAGAUAGAUUUCACCAGAACGCUGUGUGUAUCGCGCCUAUGCGAAAGAGUACUGGGCAAAGAGGGUAGGAGGCGGGAAGAAAUCAGAGGGUGGACGGACGUGAUGAUCAUGAUGAUGAUGAUAAUAAUACAUGUGCAAUAUAGCGUACGAACGCGUGGCGCACGUUCUCCGCGACGCGUAUUACGCAUUUUCGACUUCCAAGCGCGGCGCGACGUCCCCCUUUCGCUCUUCCGUCGCUCUUACGGGCCUGCUGUGCGUAACUUUGGCCAUCACCGGUUCGGUAAUUGGCCGCAGUCUCCGUUGCGAAAUAAGCUUUUAAUCAGUUUGAAAUUUCGUGAAGGAAGGCAAAGUACGGUAGCGCCGAGUAUCGGCGAGGCAAGUAUCUCUCAGAGUAAUAAUGCACGUCGGAACUGCCUAGUCAAGCUAUCCGUUAAAAGGCGGUAUUUCCGUCGUCGGAUACAGUGCCGUAAUUACAACGAUUUCUCGCGAAAUUCAGCCGGCUUCAUGCCGGAAAGCGAAACGUGGCAUUAAACGAGAGAUGAUCAGCCACGCUGACGACGAACAAUAACUAAAGCGCGGGCGCGCACGCGCGAUAUUAGCGUGACGGCGAACGCUCUGUUAUCUUACCGUUUGUAAUUAUAAGGAACAUUCCGGUAGUUGAUUUCCGUUUACGUUUUGAUAUAUUGAGAUGCUGAUCGUGAAUUAAAGUGUUCUUAAAUGUUGUAAUUAACGUACUUAUAUCGCAUAAUAAUAGCCAGGUGUAUGCGUGCGUACGUGUGUGUGUGUGUGUGUGUGUGUGUGUGUGUGUGUGUGUGUGUGUGUGUGUGUGUGUGUGUGUGUGUGUGUGUGUGUGUGUAUGUGUAUACGCGCGUCACUCUCGUCGUAGCAGCUCUGCUGUAAGAACUCGAGAUGUAAGAUUACAUAAUUAAGGACCUCAGCGCACGACGUAUUUGCAUGCGUGUGCUCGCGUAUGUGUAUAUGUGUGCCUGCGUGUGAUUAAGCGUGCGUGAAUGUGCAUAUGAUUGACAGUUUUCGAAGGAAAUAAUGAGCCGUCAGAAUAGACGAAAGUAUCGCGUGCGUUGUUAUCGCGCGUGUGAAGCUUUCCUAAGUUGUAUAUCGAUGUGAAUCAAAGCGCAUUAUCUUGCCGCCUUAAUAUGUAACGCGCGAGUUAAUCCUUUUCCCGUGGAGGAC